CCUGAUCUCCAGGGAAGAAAGAUCUAUAGGACUUCCUUGGACCACAGUUCUUUGCCAGACCCUUCCAGACCCCAGCCCACCAUGGUCACUCCAGGCCACAUUCUGCUCCUACUUUUGCUCCCAGUGGCUACAGCUCAGAUGACCCCAGGUUCCUGUUCUGGAUGUGGGCCCCUAUCCUUGCCGCUCCUGGCAGGCCUGGUGGCGGCUGAUGCAGUCAUAUCACUGCUCAUUGUAGGGGUGGUGUUCCUGUGUGCUCGCCCACGAAGCAGGCCCACCCAAGAAGAUGGCAAAGUCUACAUCAACAUGCCUGGCAGGGGCUGACCCCAUGUAACUUCAACCUUUGACUUCUGACCCUCUCAUACUAGAUGAUGUGUGGUGGUACAAGAACACCCUCCCCACUUUGGGAUUGGAAUAAAGCAAUGGAAAUACCAGUA